ACUCCCAUGUCCCCUGUUCAAGGCAGAGACCAGUGUGCAAAGGGCCUCAGUCGAUGCCAGCCGCACCACCCGCCAGCUGGAGGAGACGGUGGACGCCUUCCAGAAGCAGAAGCUGAAGGACCUGCAGACAAUAUUUUUGGACUUCGUCACCAUUGAGAUGGUCUUUCAUGCCAAGGCUGUGGAGGUGUAUUCCAGUGCCUUCCAGACGCUGGAGAACUAUGACCUAGAGAGAGAUCUGGAGGACUUUAGAGCCAAGACUCGGAAUGUUUGUGGGCAGCCUGACACUGCCCGGCCACUCCGCGGCACCAGCCCACCCCCGGCUGCCCCGUGGUUUCUCGUCAGCCAGAGUGCUCAGAGCACCACGCAGAGCCAGAGGAAGGAGGAGGAGGCCAGCGAGGAUGACUCUGCUGAGGAGGACCCCGUGGAGGACCUGAGGGAAAAUCGUAGUUGCUCCAUUUCAUUGUAUAAACGAGGUGGUCAGUGCUGUGGUGUGCACGCUCAAGAGUGCACAUGGCAGAAGUGA